AUGGCAGCCAUAAGUCAAGAGGAUGAUAAGAUUAUCAUUUACCGAUUAUUAGAGAAUGGUGAGGAGAAAACUAUCAAAUUAACAAAUGGGGAGUCCGACCCCGACCAAGGCAAAAUUUCCCGAGUUAGUCCCCUUGGAAUAGCUCUUAGUGAGAAAAAAGUUGGUGAAAUAGUUGAAGUUAAAAUAAGUAAUCUUUAUCUCUUGGAGUCGGAAAAAUAUAUUCUGCUCCUGGCUGCUGGUAAAGAUUAUUCAUUAAAUGGCUACCAAGAACAUCAAAUCGGCCGUGAUUAUUUAAAGGAAAACAAGCCAUCAGAGCAAACUGAUUUUCCCCCACCUUUUUCCUCAAUUAAGGAAUAG